ACUUGCUUUGCCCGUUAAACAAGUUUAGCCUAAAACACUUAUAGUCCCCACACCCACAUGACUUUUGUUCUCUCUUUUUUUUCUUCUAUAAAACACCAACACAUCACAAAUAACUCUUCAACCUCAUAAUCCACAUACUUCUCUUCUCUUCUCUAUCCCCCCCAAAAACAUUCAAAGUUGGAGGUGCAAAUAGCAAAACAAUGGCUAUAAAAAAAUCCAACAAACUACCACAAGCUGAAGUUAUCAAGCAAAUUGUCAAAAGAUGUUCAAGUUUUGGCAAAAGGCAGAGUUACAAUGAAGAGGGUCUUCCUGAGGAUGUACCAAAAGGUCAUUUUGUAGUUUAUGUUGGAGAGAAUAGAACAAGAUACAUUAUUCCAAUUUCUUGGUUGGCACAUCCUCAAUUUCAAAGUUUGCUACAAAGAGCUGAAGAUGAAUUUGGCUUCAAUCAUGAUAUGGGACUUACUAUCCCUUGUGAUGAAGUUUUUUUUGAGUCCUUAACUUCAAUGAUGAGAUAAAAAUUAAGGAUUGGUAGAUUUUAUUAGUGGAGAUUACCAAAUAUAAAAUCCCUUUGUCAAGUGGUGGUUUUGACCAAGUCACCCUACUAAAGGCACGUUUAGAUUUAAGGUGAGUUUGGCAGAAUCAUGCACACCGCUAGUGAUUUUACAAAAGCUGCACUUUGGAGUUUGAACGAAAUUACGUCAAACCAGCACUAAUAACAUUUUAAGUUUGGUAUUGCAAUUGCUAAAUUGUAUAUAUAGGUCUAUAUAUGUAUAUGGAUUGAUGUCCAAGUAGAGAAUUUCCUUGGCAAUGUCAUUUGUAUCUUGAGUAAUGAUUUAUUAAAUGAAGCAAUGUUCUACAUUGGAUGAGGGCAUUUUGCCUCUUUUAAUUAUUUGAAA